CCAAAUUUCCCCAAAAAAACACGGCAAGCCAAACAUCCUCUCUUAUCCAUGUGAUGUCAAAGAUCUUCCAACAUUUCUGAUUCAUCUUUCCAGAUCAAUCGUGCAAACACACUCGCCGCCCGCAUAGAACCAAUCAUACUAGCAUACACUCCCCUAGUUCGCCCAAAAUUCUUCUUCUCUUUCAGCUCCGUCGUCUUGGAGGAGUGGAGGGGAGGGGAGGGAUCACUAACAGUCCAACCUAUCCAGGUUUUCAUCUUUCUGCUGGAGUGGACUGGAGACUGAUUGCUCCGUUUUCUGUUUACAUCACAAAUUCUCGAAUCUGAUCUUCGGAGGAUACCGGUGUUCGUGCGUGUGAAGAAGAAAUCAACAGGUUGGGGCCAAUCUCCUGUUGAUUAUUCCGGAGAACCAGAGCGAAUAACAUAGCCAACGCCCUCCCUUGGAUGAUUGAUUCUCGAACCCUAGGCUUCUUUCUUUUGGGCGGGAAAUCAAUGAAAAGAUCUUUGUUCUUGAAUUUGGUGAAGAACUUGAGAUAUUGGCGCCGAAUCGAGAUGCAGUUAGCUGUGACUUUUUUUGAUUGACAAAGUGCGAUUGUCGUUGAAUGGAGUCGCCGUUGUUGACAUUGUUCUUCGUUGUCCUUGGGGUUUUCUUGGGCUUUUUGGCUCCGUUGGUGAUGUCACAGGCAAAUGUUUAUCCUGGAGAUCGAUCUCAACAACCAUCAUCACCUACUCAGCACCCCCCGCCGCCGCCGCCUCCGACACUUUCGUCACCUCCUCCACCGGCGCCACCAAUUCCGUCCCCACCUUCCCCGCCGCCGCGAUCGCCUCAUCCUUCUUCCCCGCCGCCGCGAUCGCCUCAUCCUUCUUCCCCGCCGCCGCGAUCGCCUCAUCCUUCUCCCCCGCCGCCGCGAUUGCCUCAUCCUUCUCCCCUGCCGCCCCGAUCGCCAACGCCUCGUUCAUCCUCUCCCCGUCCCCCGCGAUGGCCCGGGAGGCCCCCUCCUUUGGCAGCGAGAUCGCCGCAUCCGUCAAACUUCACAAGACGCCACGGGAAAGCCAGCCCACCGCCUAAGCAGAAGCUCAAUUUGGGGAAAAAAAUCGGGUUGGCGUUUGCGGGGAUUGAGCUGAUCUUGCAAGUUGGCGUAGUAGCAUUCUUGGUAAUGAAGAGGCGGCAACUGUUGAAGAACGAUGACGGAUAUUAGAAUACCAUUGUAUGUGAAUGAUGAUGAUCUGCCAUUCUCACCGUCCCUGUUGCCUCUAUGGAGCAUAUUGAUUCAAUGAGCGCAUUGACGGAUUUUACAAAUUAUGGCUCGAUCAGGGUGUUGUCUCCUUUGAGGUUAUUGCAGUUGUAAAUGGGUAUAUUUUUUAGUGGGAUUCAAUUUUUUUUUUUUUCAUUCCCCUUAUUUUCUCUUUCUUCAACAAUUCGUUUAUUUGUUCUUCUGUUAAUUUUCUCAUUUUAGUUCCAUCUACACCUGCUGUCCUUGACUCUUUUCU